AUCUAUUAUUUGAAAUGUCAACAUAGGUUUUGAAAAGUUUAAUUAGGUUGGAAAACUGGUGUUGUAUUCGGAAAUAUCAGCAUUACACCCACUUUUCAGAACAAUGAAAGCAUAGAGAAGAUUUUAUAUAAGAUAGUCCAAAAUGUCUGAUGAGGAAGUCCUGUUUGAUGAUGUUUAUGACAUUUGGGAGACCAUUGGCAAAGGUCCCUUCAGUGUAGUCAAGCGAUGCAUCCACAGGGAAACUAAGCAGCAGUUUGCUGUAAAGAUUGUGGAUGUGGCCAAGUUCACCUCAAGUCCAGGUCUCAGUACAGAGGACCUAAAGAGGGAGGCAAGCAUCUGCCACAUGUUGAAACAUGCUCACAUUGUGGAGUUACUGGAGACCUACAGUUCUGAUGGCAUGCUGUACAUGGUUUUUGAAUAUAUGGAUGGAGCUGAUCUGUGCUUUGAGAUUGUCAAACGAGCUUCCAUGGGCUUUGUGUACAGUGAAGCUGUGGCAAGCCAUUACUUGAAACAGAUUCUUGAUGCCUUAAGAUACUGUCACGCCAACAACAUCAUACAUAGAGAUCUCAAGCCACAUUGUGUAUUACUAGCCAGCAAAGAGAAUUCAGCCCCAGUCAAGCUGGGAGGAUUUGGUGUGGCCACUCAACUCCCUGAGUCAGGCUUGAUAUCUGGGGAUGAGGAAAUAGUGCAUGGGUUGGAACCCUGGUUUGAUCUGAGAAAUGAUAUAGUUGGUCGGAUUGGCACCCCACAGUAUAUGGCUCCUGAGGUGGUGCAGCGAGACCCGUAUGGAAAACCAGUGGAUAUGUGGGGCUGUGGAGUCAUGCUCUUCAUCCUCCUGGGAGGCUACUCUCCAUUUGUGGGCACAAAAGACCACUUAUUUGAACAAAUAAUCAAAGGCAGCUAUCAUAUGAGAAAACAAUGGCUCAAUAUUUCAAACUAUGCAAAAGAUUUAAUCAGUCGGAUGUUGGAAGUGGAUCCAGAAAAACGGAUAACAGUGGAAGAAGCUAUACAACAUCCGUGGAUUAAGGAGAGAGGAAAAAUUCCCAAGGUUCAUCUGCAGGAGACAGUAGAGGAACUAAAGAAAUUCAAUUCCAGGAGGAAAUUAAAGGGUGCAAUAAUGGCAGCUGUAUCCAGUUCCAAGUGGAAUACAUUUUACAAUGAUCCAGUUGUUCCUGAUAUAGGCGAAGAGGAGGUCACGUCCGCUGGAGCUGUGUCGCAAGUAUUGGACUCGCUGGAGGAAAUGCAGUGUCUGGUCGACUGUACAGGGGAGGAGACCGACCUCAUCGAAAAAGUCUUCCAAGAUACCAAACUCCACGCUCUGUUGUUCUUGUAUGAUAAAAUCAACACACAGACAGUGAGCCCUGUUCGCCCCCCUCCUGAUGAUGCGGUGGAGAGAUCCAGAGAGGUCCAUGAUGUUAUGAAAAUAUGUCCACAAGAAUAUACAACUGUUUGUCAAGAGUUGGAACAAAUUCUCACCAAAGCCCAUGUAAUGGCCUUAUUACAAGCUCAUGAUGUAGUCGCUCACGAAGUGUAUGGGGAGGACGCUGUUCGAGUCACCCCUCCUCCGAUACAGACAUUCGUAAAUCUCAACGGUGAGUCUUCUCAACCCCCGAGUCCAGAAGUGGAAAUGGACCCUGGCUGUAAAAUCAACCGAGUGAGACUUGUCCAAUUCCAGAAAAACAAGGAUGAACCCAUGGGAAUUACUCUGAAAGUGAACGAGAUUGGUCAGUGUAAAGUGGCCAGAAUAAUGCAUGGAGGAAUGAUCCAUCGGCAAGGAACACUUCAUGUUGGAGAUGAAAUUAGAGAAAUAAAUGAAGUCAGCGUUGUAAAUCAGACAGUGGAUAAUCUGCAGAAAAUGCUGAAAUCAUUAAGUGGCAAUGUCACCUUCAAGAUCGUUCCUCAACCGUCAGGCAACAUCCAUAAAGAGCGCAACGAAAAUGGAACUCACAAAGAGAUCUUUGUGAGGGCCCUGUUUGACUACAGUCCUGAAGACGAUGAUAUGAUUCCGUGUCCACAGGCUGGGGUGUCAUUCAGAGUGGGGGAUGUCCUAAGAAUCAUAAACAAAGAAGAUUGUAACUGGUGGCAGGCUAAGCUAUGGGGUGUGGCCCCUACCACUCCGGCUGGUCUGAUUCCCUCCCCAGAGCUCCAGGAGUGGAGGACAUCUAUGUCAUCAAGAGAGAAAGCUCGGCACGAACAUGCAGCACACUGUUCAUGGUUUGGAAGGAAAAAGAAAGACAAGUACCUAGCCAAGCAUAACUCGAUAUUUGACCAGUUAGAUCUCAAUACUUACGAGGAAGUAGUUUGUUUACCCGCAUUUAUGAGGAAAACAUUAGUAUUAUUAGGUGCUCAUGGUGUUGGUAGAAGACACAUUAAAAAUACUUUAAUAACGAGUCAUCCCGAGAGAUUCGCUUACCCCAUUCCACAUACCACAAGGCCACCACGAGAAGGCGAAACUAACGGAAAAAAUUAUUACUUUGUUGGACAUGAUGAGAUGAUGAAAGACAUUGCUGCCAAUGAGUAUUUAGAGUAUGGCACACAUGAGGAUGCCAUGUAUGGAACAAAAUUAGAAACAAUUCGUCAAAUUCAUUCCAAAGGUCUCAUUGCCAUUCUGGAUGUUGAACCGCAGGCACUGAAAGUUUUACGCACAGCCGAUUAUGCACCCUAUGUAGUAUUUAUAGCAGCUCCUCGCUUCAAUGAUCAUCUUCUUCGAAAAACAAAGGAUAUGAAUGACAUUAGCUUGGAAAGAUUAGCCACAGAGAGUGAGCUGCUAGAGAAAGCAUAUGGACAUUAUUUUGAUUUGAAAAUUGUUAACAAUGAUAUUGAUGAAACCAUACGGAAAUUAGAACAAGCUAUGGACCAAGUCAGUACUGCACCUCAAUGGGUACCAGUCAGCUGGGUCUACUGAGAAGUCUGUGAUGAUUGGCUGUUGUGAAUGCUUUAUAUGGCCUUGAUAAGGCCUACAGGAUCAGCAGGAGGACCCAAAGAGGAAUCUGGAAGUUGAGAAAAUGACCUCACUGAUUUGUUACUGAUGUUACCACUUUACGAUUAAUCGCAAUCCAAGUCUUCUUGUCCUCAAACAGAUUCAAAUUACGGGAAGACGAAAAUACGCUUUCCAAAAUCGAGAAUGUUCGAUGCAUCUGAUAUUAAUUCUUUUGUUCGUUGUUUACACUCAAGGGAGAGUAAGACGAUUGUAAACGGACUGUGAUGUCGAUAAACUGAAAUUGUGUAAUUGCUUGUUCCUUAAGAAGAGAUCAAUCAAAUAAAUUAUGAUUAAAAUUUUUACAACAUGUACAAUGUACAUGGAGGUAUGGUCAUGUUAAGAUUUCAACUUGUAGAUAAUCAAAUUAGUAAAUUUUAUCACAAGUUUGAAUUUAGACUAUCUCUUUAGAGUGCAUGUACAUGUAAUAAUGAUAAUUACGAUACAAAUACGCAUAAGCAUGCACACUAACAAUAUUGCACAAUAAUGCAUUACAAUUCUGUGAUUUUUGAGAGAUGGUUGUUAUUUAUAAUUUUUGAGAUUUGGACUGGGGUACAGAUUUUGUCUCAAUGCAUACAUUAAUGGUUGUUACUAAUUUUCAAGUUUUCUAAAAAACUUUUUUCCCCUUAUUACUGCCAAGUAUUAACAUGCCAACAUGAAUCGAAGUGUUUGAAGUGAGAUAGAUGUAUAUACAGAUGUAUUAAACCCUGGGAUGGUGCUGAUUUUGUUCCAUGUACGAUAAUUCUAUAGUGCUGAUCUCUCCUCCGAGAUACGUUCUUGACUUUAAUGUUUAUAAUUUGUGAAGCUUUACAAUUACAUUGUAUACUCUUUGAGUUGGUAAAAGCCUAUUGAAAUCAGAGAUUGCUUGAUGUUAUUGUUAAAUGUUCAUUACACUAAUGUUGUGUCGGCCAUAGUCCAUUAAGUGCUUCAUGUUGCAAGAAACAAACUUUCCCAUUGAAAAUCAACUACUUACACUGAGUCGAUGUGUACUGUAGGCACAUAAUUUUAAAUACUUUUUUUACGCAUAUGGUACUUAUUUCCGCUAAGUCUGUGUUCACAUAAAGUCCAUGGAAUCCAAAUCACAUAAAAUCCAUGGAAUUUCAUACCCGCAGACUUAAAGCAUUGAAGCAAUUGUCAUGGAAAUCAUAUGCAAUUAAGUGGAAUUCCUUACCUUUAGACUAACCCAAAGAUGAUAAUUUGCGAAAUUAUGACUGUUGAAUUAAAUUUGUCUACAGUAUAUGAGAAUAAACAUUUUUUUGUAAGGACAAGCACCUAUGGGUGGACUUUUCAUUAUUUGUAAUUCUCCUUAAAGAACCUGACAGGCAAGUGACUAUUCAACUUGCCAUAAAAACCUAUACAUACAAAAGGAACUAGUUACAUCCAAAUACACAGAAUAAAAGAUAACUUUAGUUGUAUUAUUUAGAAGGGAGAUAAGAAUACAAGGGAACUAAGGGGUCACUUCUGCGUAAUCAGCUUUGUUGAUAUAUGUAAAUUGCCCCGUUAUAUUUAUACCCUCAUAUUACAAAUUUGACAUUUAUUCCUUAAUGAUAUCCUAAAGUUUUAGUUUUGGUUUCCCGUGGGUUUGGUCUUGGAGUAAAAGUCUUCAUGUCUUGCUGUAGAAAAGGUUAAUCUGUCAGUAUUGUUUAUAUACGUAAAUUGGACUAUUGUAAGUCGAUGUCUUUUCAGUCAUGAUUUAAAUCAUGAAUUGUCAAUAUUUGAUAUAGUACGUACAUGUGUAUUAUUACUACAGUAACUUGAUCCAAAGAGUCGGAUCAUGUCGAGUUGACAGGCGAGGAUCAUCAGAUCACACGAGACGCGAAGCGUUGAGUUUGAUCGGAUGAUCCGCGCCUAUCAACUCGACGUGAUCCGACUCUUCGGAUCAAGUUACUGUAGUAAUGAUAAAUUUAUUAUAUACCCCUUUAUGUAUAUUUAAAUCCACAUUUAUAAGAUACUAAAUGUAAUCCAAAUUAUCAAAAACACAAACAUAUAGUGAAAUUAUAUUUUAUGUAUGCAGGUUUGUUUGUGAAGUGGUCGAUAUUUUCCAUAAAAUAUGUUGUGUUGAUGCAUUGUGAUGUCAUCAAUUUCAGAGGAUACUGAUACGGAAUCAGAAAACCACAGGGUGGUGAUCCGGAAAACCGGAUCACACUCUGUGAAAUUCACAGUAUCAAAAAACGAUACAUUGAUGGGUAUAUAAUAAAAAAAAAAUUAUCAGAACACUGAGUGCACUAAUUCAUGUUUGUGCCACCGACUAUUGUAUCGCUUGGGUUCGAAUUUACUAUGAAAGAGUACUCUUUGAUAAUAAAUUUGAACCCAAGCGAUAUAAUAUUUCCUGUGGAUUGUGCGUAGAACUGGCAUGAAGACUAAAUAAGAUUAUUUCUGUGUUACCUACAAAAGCUUUUAAAAUGAUAUCAACAGUAUUUGUAGUAAUGAGAAGUAAUCACAUUAGCUGAUUGGUGUUUGCUGUUUGUUUAGAAGACCUUUAAGUCUGUAUUUUUGCUUAUUGCAUCAUUAUAUGUAAAUGUAUCUGUUGUUUCAGAAAUCGGAAGUGCUGUGUGCAGGGUUAAUUUUGUCCCCGCUUUAUUUUCGCCAUUAUCCUAAAUGGGUGAUUUUAAAACUGAGCAAAUAUAAAUUCCUGUAUUACUUUAAAGUAGCAAGAAAUAACUUUAGGCAAAUUUAAAUCUGGACGAAAUCAUUUUCCAAUGUCUGCAGGCAAAAAUAACACUGGGUGCAAAUUUCCCUGUAUAAAGUCAUUUAUAUACAUCAGAAGAGUAGUCGGGACGGUGUAUAUUGUAUACAGAUAGGAUUUACACACGGGAAACGAGAUAUGUGUACCACUGUUACAACUUCUUUCAUUCAGUUUUGUUUCAUCCAAUACUAGUACUGUACACCCAGUAUUAUUCAUAAGAUAAGGUUAGUCUUUUUCUGGAGUCAAAUUUUGUGGUUUGUGAAAAAUGUGGUGUGUCAAAAUCUCCAGGAUUCGGUUUUCAAGUACUUGUAAUCCUGACAUUAAUGUGCAAAUCACUCCAUUUUUUUCUUUGUUUCAUAUUUGCCCUUGCAGACAUCUAUUAAUUUACAGAUGCAACUGUAUAUAUAGCAACAAUCACCAGGUGUAUAUUUGUGCCAAUUUUCAGCCCACAUUGUAGAAUACCUUGUGAAAAACAUUUGAGUUUCUCUAUACUCCUAGAUACGUGGGUAUGUCUAUACCGCAAAUACAGCAAAAAAUUACCCUUCCAGGAAAAUUUAAAUUACCCUACCACGAACAUUUAAAUUACUAACCACGAACAUUUAAAGGUGUGGUUUAAUCAGCAAGUCUUGUUCUGUGUCAGGUUAGGCAACUCUCUCUGUAGAAAUUAUUCUGAAAACGAAGCAAUUUAAAAGAACACCUUGUCUUAGAUUAUUAUCAUUAUACGUGGUGCAUCAGUAUAAACUCUAGUCCUGCAGUAGUUGUUCUGAAAUAAUACUGUUCAUAUUUUGUUUGCAUGUUGUUUAUAAACUUUUCUGCUUUAUGUUGCAGUCAUUUCAAUGUUUGUAAGCACAGAUGUGUAUGAUUGAACUUGCUGACUGGUGUAAAUACUAGAAAUUUACUAAUUUUCAUUCUCAAAUUCUCGCAUCUCUCCUACUUGUGCUGUUUACUAAGUGACUUUACCUAAUGUAGAAAAGAGAAUCAAGCCACUAUUUAAUUUAGUUUAUUAUUUAGUUGUAUUUACCAGAUUUAUUUUUAUUUCUGUUACAGGUGAUUUAAAUUUCUUUAUAUUUUGUUCAAAUGAUUUAUAUGUUGUUGAUGCCCGCAGCUAAUAGAAGACUAUAUAUGUAUGCAUUAUUACGUCAAGGAAUGAAACUGUAUUAUAUAUACAAAAGUUAAAGGUACAAAUAAAUCACUGAAUCAAA